GCUUCCGUGGUAGACCCUGCCACUAAGCUCUGGUGUGGUUAUCAUUCAUGGCGGGGUAGCUGACAGAUAUGGUGGGGUACAUGACGUUGACAACCCCGUCCCUUGCGGCAAAUCGCCCUGUGUACCCGUCAGAAUGGCAAUAGCCAAACCUUCAAUACGGGCCUGAGACACAUAUCCUCUAGCAGCCUCAGUGCAGACAGAACUGCUUAGUUCAAAGCGGCCUACCAAGUUGCGUACAAUGACCGCUCAAAAUGCCUCGGUGGACGUUCCGCGGCCGCCCUGGUGCACCUGUAGGCUCGGAAUUAUAUCCGCUAUUUGCCGUGGAGCACUUUUUUGCGCGAUUGAUCAUCUGUUACUAAACGGCAGUUGCACCCAUAUCGAUAUAAGACAUCGUUCCCGUGAUCGUCAGUACAACACAAUCGCUCACGAACAAUUCUUCACCCAAGUCACAGCACCCCAACUACAGGUAACAUCAUGGCAACCGGACGAGCAGAUGCCGAAAAGGAGAUAAAGCGCAACCCGCACGGCGACUUCAAAGCCGUCGAAGCCUCGCGUCCACCCUUCGACAAAUCUUCCUCCUUCCACUACACGCAAACCCCCAAACCCGACUGGCAACCCGGUUCCGGUCCCAACGAGCCUUCCAGCUUGCAAAAGGCGCACCGAUCCAUAAACCCCUACGAAGAAGGCCGACCCGUAGUACACAACUACAAGCUGCUCAUCUCCGCCAUUGUACCCCGACCAAUCGGCUUCGUCUCAACAGUCAGCGCAGAUGGAAAAAGCACGAAUCUCGCUCCGUUCAGCUACUUCAACCUCGUAAACCAUGACCCACCAAUGUUCGUCUUGGGCUUUGCCGGCGGCAUGGACAAGGCCAAAGAUACGCUGAAGAACCUAGUUGAUACCAAGGAAGCUGUUAUCAAUAUCAUCACGGAGGAGUACAUCGAGGCGGCGAAUUACACGAGCAUUAAUGCGCCGGCUGAUGUAAGUGAAUGGGCGUUUAGCGGGCUGCACGCGGAGAAGAGUAAGUUCGUCAAGCCGAAUCGUGUCAAGGAGGCCGUGUUUAGUAUUGAGGGAAAACUGGUGAAUACGGUGGAGUGGACGAGUAAGAAUCCUGCUACGCCAGAUAAGAAGACGGGAGUUACUGCGUUUGUGGAGGGAGUCAACUUUUGGGUUAGGGAGGAUGCUAUCGAUGAGCAGGGUGUGCUCGUUGAUCCUGCUGUUCUUAAGCCGAUCUCGAGGUUGGGUGGCAUUACGUAUGCGAGGUCGACUCAAGCGUUUGAGCUGCCGAGACCGGAUUACGAAGAGGUUACUAAGGACCCUGAGGUUGCGAAUUUGGCGCAGCCCAAAGGCAAAGAUCAGCUGUAGAUGAGCUCGUCGAGGCUACAGGGCACCAGACAUGGUAUAGACGAGUAAAUAUAUGGCCAAUACAAGAAGAGAUCACUUAACGGUAAGAGCGGCCUU